AACUCUGGCCCACAAACAACUCAACUGGAUGAAGUUGUUGACAUUAAAUUAUCUCACAGCAAAAUUCAACACCUUUGGCAAGGAAUAAAGGUAAGACACUCUUUCAUCGAGACCUCUAUUAAAUUUCAUCACCAUGACGAUUGAUGCUGAUAACUUUUUCAUAUUUUUACAAUUUUGAGCAGUUUAUAGGAAAGUUGAAGUACUUGAAUAUGACUUUUUCCAAGAAGCUAAAGAGAUUGCCUGAUUUUUCUGGUGUUCCAAAUCUUGAAAAAUUGAUUCUCAAAGGCUGUGAUGGCCUGACUGAGGUUCAUCCAUCCCUUUUACACCACAAGAAAGUUGUUUUGAUGAAUUUAGAAGACUGCAAAAGUCUUAAAUCUCUUCCAGGGAAGUUGGAAAUGAGUUCUCUGGAGAAGUUAAUUCUUUCUGGCUGUUGUGAAUUUAAAAUCCUUCCGGAGUUUGGGGAAAGCAUGGAAAAUCUAUCGAUGCUUGCCUUAGAAGGAAUAGCUAUUAGAAACCUACCCUCAUCACUAGGAAGCCUAGUUGGACUUGCUAGUUUAAACUUAAAGAACUGCAAAAGUCUUGUUUGCCUUCCAGAUACCAUUCAUCGAUUGAAUUCUCUCAUAAUUUUGAACAUUUCCGGAUGUUCAAGACUUUGUAGAUUGCCAGAUGGAUUAAAGGAAAUAAAGUGUUUGAAGGAACUUCAUGCCAAUGAUACUGCUAUUGAUGAACUACCUUCCUCCAUUUUCUAUCUAGAUAAUCUUAAAACUUCUACUGGAUUCAGAUUUCCAACUUCUCUUUGGAAUUUACCUUCUUUGAGAUAUAUAAACUUAAGUUACUGUAAUCUUUCUGAAGAAUCAAUCCCAGAUUAUCUUCGCCACUUAUCAUCGUUGAAGUCUUUGGAUCUAACUGGUAACAAUUUUGUUUACAUACCAAGCACCAUUUCUAAACUGCCAAAGCUACAUUUUCUUUAUCUAAAUUGCUGCCAAAAGCUUCAAUUGUUGCCAGAGAUUUCAUCAAGUAUGACUGAGUUGGAUGCAAGUAACUGUGAUUCACUGGAAACUACCAAAUUUAAUCCAGCAAAGCCAUGCAGUGUCUUUGCAUCACCUAGACAACUAUCUUACGUUGAAAAAAAAAUUAACAGUUUUAUCGAGGGACUUUGUCUUCCCUCUGCAAGAUUUGACAUGCUUAUCCCUGGGAAAGAAACCCCAUCUUGUUAUGCUGACCCACCUGAGCUGUGCAACCAUGAGAUUGAUUGUUGCUUGUUUUCAAGUAAUGCUAAGCUGUUUGUCACCACCAGAACAUUACCUCCUAUGAAUCCAUAUCUUCCUCACCUUUAUAUUCUCUACUUGUCCAUUGAUCAAUUUCGCGAUAGAAUUCUCAAAGAUGAUUACUGGAGUGAGAAUGGCAUUGAAUUUGUAUUGAAAUGUUACUGCUGUCAUUCAUUGCAAAUAGUGAAGUGUGGUUGCCGUUUGGUGUGUAAGCAAGAUGUUAAAGAUUGGAACAAAGUGAUGAAUCAAUUCAACGAGAGUUGA